AUGAAGUUCGCCCUCCUCCCACCCCUCGCGACCCUCGCCGCCGCCGCGCCGUCCGCGCCCGGCUGGCGCUUCGAUCUCAAGGCACAGACCUCGGGCAUUGUCGCGCUCGAGGCCAUCGUCGUCUCCCCUACCCUCGUGCUCUUCUUCGAUCGCGCCACGAACGACCCGCUCCAGAUUAACAACCACUCUGCAUGGGGCGCGCUCUGGAACCUGGAGAGCAGCACCGUCCGGCCGCUCGAUGUCUUCAGCAACUCCUUUUGCGGCAGCGGUGCGCUCAUCAGCAACGGUAGCAUGGUCAGCGUCGGCGGUGACCCGUCCGGCUUCCCCGGAAACCCGGCCAUCCAUCCCGGGAACCAAGCCAUUCGCGUCUUUGAGCCAUGCGAAUCUCCGACCGGCGAGGGCUGCACGCUCUUCGACAACCCGGACGCCCUGCACUUGCUCGUGAAGCGGUGGUACACGACUGCUAUCCGCAUUUUCGACGGCAGUCUUCUGAUCAUCGGCGGGAUCCAUGAGUCGACGCCCUUCUACAACACCGACCCCGCGCUCAGCUACGAGUUCUUCCCGCUCAAGGAGGACACUCCGCGGCCAUCCGAGUUCCUGAACAGGAGUCUUCCGGCGAACCUCUUCCCGCGAGCCUUCGCAUUGCCGGACGGCAAGGUGUUCAUCGUGGCCAACAACCAGUCCAUCAUCUACGACAUCGAGGCGAACACCGAGCGCAUCCUGCCCGACAUCCCGAACAAUGUCCGCGUCACCAACCCUAUCGACGGCUCCGCGAUCCUCCUCCCGCUCUCCCCGCCGGACUUCAUCCCCGAGGUCCUCGUCUGCGGUGGCACACAGACCGACACCAUCGACCCGCUCCUCCUCUCCUCCCAGAUGCCGGCGACGACGCAGUGCUCGCGCAUCCGGCUUGAUGAGGCCGGCAUCGCGAGGGGCUGGGAGGUCGAGCACAUGCUCGAGGGGCGCACCAUGCCUGAGCUCGUGCACCUCCCGAACGGCCAGGUGCUCAUCGCGAACGGCGCGGGCACCGGUUUCGCUGCCGUUGCAAGCGUCGGCGAUCCCGUCGGGAACUCGAAUGCGGACCACGCGGUGCUCGUGCCGUCGCUGUACACGCCGACCGCCCCUCUCGGACGGCGCAUUAGUAACGCGGGAAUGCCGUCGAGCGGGAUCGCGCGCGUGUACCACUCGAGCAUCAACCUCACGCCGCAGGGCAAUUUCCUCAUCGCCGGCAGCAACCCGAACAUGAACACGACGGUCGGGCCCGGCAUCAAGUUCCCGAGCGAGUUCCGCGUGCAGACGCUUGACCCGCCGUUCAUGUUCGCGGAUCGGCCGAAGAUUGGGGCGACGCCGAAGAAGCUUGCGUUCGAUAAGAAGGUCACUGUCCCUAUCUCGCUGCCGUUCGCGCUCACGCGGCCGGGCGCGAAGGUCCAAGUCUCGCUGAUGGACCUCGGGUUCUCGACACACGCAUUCCACUCGAGUGCGCGUCUGGUGUUCAUGGACGCGACUAUCUCGCCCGACCGCAAGUCGCUCACGUUUACGACGCCUCCGAACGGGCGCGUGUUCCCGCCGGGCCCCGCGACUGUGUUCUUGACGGUCGAUGACGUGACGAGCGAGGGCGCGUGGGUUAUGAUGGGCAGUGGGAACUCGCCCCCCACGCUGGAGUAA